UCGGGGCGGCAGCAGAAGCAGCAGCAGCCGCGGUCCCUGCGCGUCGCCGGCCCCGAGCGAAGCGCGCGGCGCCCGCAGGGCGCGCUGAGCGCGCGCAACAAGUGGCCCCGCGCGGCCCGUCCGCCGCCCCGUGUUUCGUCUGGGUUUUAACUAAUGCUGAGCGCGAUGCUGAACCAUGGAGCGGGGUUGGCCUUGUGGAUCACACUGAGCCUACUGCAGACUGGACUAACGGAGCCAGUGAGAUGUAACUUCACCCUGAUGGAGCCCAGUGUCUCCAGCCUGUCAAUGUCUAUCCAGUGGAGAACGACUUUAGAGUCACCCUGUAACUUUAGUGUCAUCUACAGCAGUGGUGACACCUCAGGGGCUGUGUGGUGCCACCCCAGCAGGAUAGACAACACCACUUAUGGAUGUAACUUCAAGGAUUUACAAGCAGGAACCACCUAUAACUUCAGGAUUAUUUCUCUGGAUGGAGAAGACACUACUGUGGUUUUGCAAACAGAUCCUUUACCCCCUGCUUGGUUUGAAGUUGACAGAGAGAAGAGUACUUCAACCAGCUUGCUGGUUUGGUGGACUCCUUCUCUUGGAAAAGUCAGUUUAUAUAAGGUGAAAUUAUUUGAUGAAAGUAACCAAAAGAUACAGGAAGUCCAAGUUCAAGAAAAUACUUCACGGAAUGAAUACACCUUUUCAAAUCUCACUGCUGGUCAUAAUUACAAUUUUUCCAUCACAGCUGUUUCUGGUGAUAAACAUUCAUCUACAGUUUUUACCAAUGGAUCAACAGUGCCAUCUCCAGUGAAAGAUAUUGGCGUUUCUCCAAACACUAAUUCUCUCCUGAUUUCCUGGUCCCAUGGUUCUGGGCAUGUGGAACAAUACCGGCUGAUGCUGAUGGACAAAGGAAUCUUAGUUCGCGACAGUGUAGUGGACAAAUCCAAUACUUCUUACGCUUUUCAUGGGCUGAUACCAGGCCACCUCUACAACCUCACUAUUAUGACCAUGGCUGCAGGACUGCAAAACUACCAGUGGAAACUAGUCAGGACAGCCCCCAUGGAAGUCUCAAAUCUGAAGGUGACAAAUGAUGGCAGUUUGACAUCUCUAAAAGUCAAGUGGCAAAGACCCCUUGGAGAUGUGGAUUCCUAUAAUAUGACACUGGCUCAUCAAGGGACCAUCAAAGAAUCCAGAAUAUUAGCACCUCAGACUACUGAAACUCACUUCAAAGACUUAGCCCCUGGACGACUUUAUCAAGUUACCAUCAGCUGUAUCUCUGGUGAACUAUCUGCCCAGAAGAUGGCAGUGGGCAGAACAGUUCCAGAUAAAGUUGGGAACCUAGAGGCAAACAACAAUGGUUGGAUGAGGUCUCUUGUAGUGAGCUGGUCGUACCCUGCUGGAGACUGGGAGCGGUAUCGUAUCCUACUCUUCAAUGAUUCUUUGGUCCUGCUCAACACCACUGUAAGAAAGGAGGAAACCCAGUAUGUGAUGGAUGAUGUGGGGCUCAUACCAGGAAGACAGUAUGAGGUAGAAGUCAUUGUUGAGAGUGGAAAUCUGAAGAAUUCUGAGCGUUGCCAAGGCAGGACAGUCCCCCUGGCUGUCCUCCAGCUUCGUGUCAAACAUGCCAAUGAAACUUCACUGGGCGUCAUGUGGCAGACCCCUGUAGCAGAAUGGGAUAAGUACAUCAUUUCGCUAGCUGACAGAGAUCUCUUACUCAUCCACAAGUCACUGUCCAGAGAUGCCAAAGAAUUCACUUUUACGGACCUGGUACCUGGAAGAAAAUACACAGCUACAGUCACUAGUAUUAGCGGAGACUUAAAAAAUUCCUCUUCAAUAAAAGGAAGAACAGUGCCUGCUCAAGUGACGGGCUUGAAUGUAGCCAACCAAGGGAUGACCAGUAGUCUGUUUACUAACUGGACCGAGGCACUGGGAGACAUAGAAUUCUACCAAGUCUUACUGAUCCAUGAAAAUGUGGUCAUCAAAAAUGAGAGUGUCUCCAGUGACACCAGCAGAUACAGCUUCCACUCUCUAAAGCCAGGCAGCCUCUACUCCGUGGUGGUAACAACAGUGAGUGGAGGAACCUCUUCCCGACAAGUGGUGGUGGAAGGAAGAACAGUCCCAUCCAGUGUGAGUGGAGUAACGGUGAACAAUUCUGGCCGUAAUGACUACCUCAGCGUUUCCUGGCUGCCAGCACCUGGAGAUGUGGAUAACUAUGUGGUGACACUCUCCCAUGGUGGUGAGGUGGUUCAGUCCCUCAUCAUUGCCAAGUCUGUCAGUGAAUGUUCCUUCAGCUCCCUCAUCCCAGGCCGUCUCUACAAUGUGACCAUAACUACCAGGAGUGGCAAGUAUGAAAAUCAUUCCUUCGGCCAAGAGCGGACAGUGCCUGAUAAGGUCCAAGGAGUCAGUGUAAGCAACUCUGCCAGGAGUGACUAUUUGAAGGUGUCCUGGGUACAUGCCACUGGAGACUUUGAUCACUAUGAAGUCACCAUUAAAAACAAAAACAACUUCAUUCAAACCAAAAGCAUUCCCAAGUCAGAAAACGAGUGUGUAUUUGUUCAGCUAGUCCCUGGACGGUUGUAUAGUGUCACUGUUAGUACAAAAAGUGGACAGUAUGAAGCCAGUGAACAAGGGAAUGGAAGAACAAUCCCAGAGUCUGUGAAGGACUUAACACUGAGGAACAGGACCACUGAGGACCUCCAUGUGACUUGGUUACGAGCUGAUGGAGAUGUUGACCAGUAUGAGAUCCAGCUGCUCUUCAAUGACAUGAAAUUCCUAGUGCUGUCAAAAAUAUUCACAUUUCUCCCAAUGGAGCAACAGAUAGUCUGACGGUGAGCUGGACCCCAGGUGGUGGAGAUGUUGACUCCUAUGUGGUGUCAGCGUUCAGGCAGAAUCAGAAGGUUGAGUCUCAGACUAUUCCCAAACACAUCUCUGAGCACACGCUCCACAGACU